UAGAGGUAAGAAGUAUGGAGAAACGGCUAAUGAGUGUGGAGAAGCCUUCUUUUUUUAUGGGAAGUCACUUCUGGAGUUAGCCAGAAUGGAGAAUGGAGUGUUGGGAAAUGCCUUAGAAGGAGUGCAUGUAGAAGAGGAAGAAGGAGAAAAAACAGAAGAUGAAUCUUUGGUAGAAAAUAAUGAUAAUGUAGAUGAGGAAGCAAGGGAAGAGUUGAGAGAACAGGUUUAUGACGCCAUGGGAGAAAAAGAAGCCAAAAAAGCAGAAGGCAAGUCUCUGACAAAGCCUGAAACUGAUAAAGAACAGGAAAGUGAAGUGGAGAAGGGUGGAAGAGAAGACAUGGAUAUAAGUGAGCCUGAAGAGAAGCUCCAGGAAACAGUUGAACCGACUUCAAAGCAGUUAAAUGAAUCCUCUGAAGAGGCAAAAGAAGCAGCAAUACCAGGACUGAAUGAAGAUGAGGUCACUUCUGGGAAGACAGAACAGGAAUCAUUGUGUACUGAGAAAGGAAAAUCAAUUUCAGGAGCUUAUGUUCAAAAUAAAGAAUUCAGACAAACAGUGGAGGAGGGAGAGGAAAUAAGCAUAGAGAAAAAGCCAAAAGAAACUUCAGAAGACCAGCCUAUCGGGGCUGCAGAAAAGCAGGGCACUUUAAUGAAGGUGGUAGAAAUAGAAGCUGAAAUAGACCCUGAAGUCAAGUCAGCGGAUGUGGGUGGAGAGGAGCCAAAAGAUCAGGUAGCUACCUCUGAGAGUGAACUAGGUAAGGCUGUUCUUAUGGAACUGUCAGGGCAAGAUGUUGAAGCAUCACCAGUAGUGGCUGCAGAGGCUGGAGCUGAAGUCUCUGAGAAGCCAGGGCAGGAAAUUACAGUUAUUCCCAACAAUGGUCCAGUUGUUGGCCAAUCAACUGCAGGAGAUCAGACUCCUAGUGAACCACAGACUUCUGCAGAAAGACUGACAGAAACUAAAGAUGGCUCAAGUGUAGAGGAGGUCAAGGCAGAGCUGGUUCCUGAACAGGAGGAAACUAUGCUACCUGUAGAAGAGUCUGAGGCAGCUGGAGAUGGGGUUGAGACCAAGGUAGCCCAGAGGGCCACGGAGAAAGCACCUGAAGACAAAUUUAAGAUAGCUGCUAAUGAAGAGACACAAGAGAGAGACGAACAGAUGAAAGAGGGUGAAGAAACUGAAGGCUCAGAGGAAGAAGACAAAGAAAAUGACAAGGCUGAAGAAACACCAAAUGAAUCAGUUCUUGAAAAAAAGUCUCUUCAAGAAAAUGAAGAGGAGGAGAUUGGGAAUUUGGAACUUGCCUGGGAUAUGCUGGAUUUAGCCAAGAUCAUUUUUAAGAGGCAAGAAACAAAAGAAGCCCAGCUUUAUGCUGCACAAGCCCAUCUUAAACUUGGAGAAGUUAGUGUUGAAUCUGAGAAUUAUAUCCAAGCUGUGGAGGAGUUUCAGGCUUGCCUAAGCCUGCAAGAACAAUAUUUGGAAGCUCACGAUCGUCUCCUUGCAGAGACUCAUUACCAAUUAGGUUUGGCCUAUGGUUACAACUCUCAGUAUGAUGAAGCAGUAGCACAGUUUGGCAAAUCUAUCGACGUCAUUGAAAAGAGAAUGGCUGUACUCCAUGAGCAGAUGAAGGAGGCCGAAGGGUCAUUUACUGAAUAUGAGAAAGAAAUUGAGGAGCUGAAAGAACUGCUACCUGAAAUCCGAGAGAAGAUAGAAGACGCAAAGGAAUCUCAGCGGAGUGGGAAUGUAGCUGAACUGGCACUGAAAGCUACUCUGGUGGAGAGCUCUACUUCCGGUUUCGCUCCUAGUGGAGCUGGUGCCUCAGUAUCCAUGAUUGCCAGUAGAAAACCAACAGAUGGGGCUUCCUCAUCAAAUUGUGUGACUGAUAUUUCCCAUCUUGUCAGAAAGAAGAGGAAACAAGAGGAAGAGAGUCCCCGGAAAGAUGAUGCAAAGAAAGCUAAACAAGAGCCAGAGGUGAAUGGAGGCAGUGGGGAUGCUGUCUCCAGUGGAAAGGAAGUUUCAGAAAACAUGGAGGCUGAGGCUGAGAAUCAGGCUGAGAAUCAGGCUGAGAGCCAGACAACAGAGGGGACCAUGGAGUCUGCAGCUACAAUUAAAAGCACUGCAUGUUAAGAGGCGAGCAGAACCUUCCUCCUGAGGGAAAGUGGUUUUGUACAUAAUGUAUUUUUUCACUUUUGGGGAUUCUUUUUGUAUAACUCCAAUAAAGAUUGUAGGCAACAGCU